UAAAAAGACAUCUCUCAGUUCGUGACCUUGGUCCGAGAGGGGAAGGAAAAGUUUUACACUUGGGGUCCGUUCCUAUUUUGCGGCUUGACCCGUGUUUUGCUUCAUUCCACGAUGGUGCCGCUCUCGAGAGUUAAAGGCAUAAAAGAGUCUGGUGUAUUCCAUAAUACGAAUCAGUAUUUCGCUUUCCUUCGGAUAUCAUGGUUGCUGUUCACAUUUUCAUUGUUCCUAUUGACACAUACCUCGGACGCAUCCAUUCGACACCACAAAAGACACGUCACACACCAUAAAUUCCCCGAUGGCAAUGUGACUGUUGGGUUGCAUUCCAGUACAAUAGAUGAGGGACCCUGGAGUGAUUGGAGUGAGAGCAGUGAGUGCACCAGGACGUGCGGAGGAGGAGUUGCUUUCCAAACCAGAACGUGCACUAGAACAAUAGAAAAUGGAUUGCCAGUAUGCACCGGGCCAUCCAAGCGAUACCUGUCCUGCAAUAUUCAGGAUUGUCCCGAAGGCUCCAAAGAUUUCCGUGAAACGCAAUGCGCCAAAUUCGAUUCCAUUCCAUUUGGCGGGAAAUAUUUCAAUUGGAUUCCAUAUAAAAAAGGUUUCAAUGAGUGCGAGCUCAACUGCAUGCCGAAAGGUGGAGAUAAAUUCUAUUACCGGCAUUCCCAGGCGGUUUUGGAUGGGACAAGGUGCAGAGAAGAUUCCUUGGAUGUUUGCGUUCAGGGAGUCUGUAUGGCUGUUGGAUGCGACAUGAUGCUGGGCUCUGAUGUCAAGGAAGACAAAUGCCAGGAAUGCGGAGGGGAUGGAAGUAACUGCAAGACCAUUGAAGGCGUGUUUGAUCUAAAAAAUCUGCAAGUAGGCUACAAUGACAUCAUUUUGAUACCCACCGGAGCUACUUCCAUCAAAAUUAAAGAACUGGAACCUUCAAAUAAUUAUUUGGCUAUAAGAAAUUCAACUGGCUAUUAUUAUUUGAAUGGAAAUUGGCAAAUCGAGUUUCCCAGAACUCUGAAAUUUGCUGGCUCUCACUUUUAUUAUGAAAGGGUACCAAGGGGCUAUGUUGGACAAGAAUCAAUUGAAGCGCCCGGUCCCAUAACAGAACCUAUAUAUAUAUCCCUUUUGUAUCAGCAAAAGAAUUUAGGUAUCAGCUACGAGUACUCUGUUCCACUUGGAAUCAGUAAUACUCAGCCGGACAACUAUGUAUGGGUCUAUUCGAAUUUUGGUGCUUGCAGUCGAUCUUGUGGCGGAGGUAUCCAAACAAGAAGUGUGAAUUGUGCCACUUCGUCAUCCUAUGAAGUUGUUGCGGACUAUUUAUGUGAUGUUGCCUAUAAACCGCCUACUAAUCAGACCUGUAAUUUGAUACCGUGUGCUGCUCAAUGGCAUGUAUCUACUUGGGAUGAAUGCUCCAAAUCUUGUGAUGGCGGUGUUCAGUACAGACAAGUUCAUUGUCAAAGGGAGAGCCAAGGCUUGGGAGUUGUAGUGCCCGAUUCGGAGUGUUCGACUACCCAAGGUGCAAAACCUGUGUAUGCAAGAGCUUGCAAUGACAAUCCUUGUCCAAGAUGGAAGAUUGGAGAAUGGUCUUCAUGUGACAAAUUAUGCGGAGAAGGUAUCCAACGGAGGGAAGUCGAGUGCAACAUGAAAGUGGCUGAUGAUAUCGAUAAAGUCAUCAGUAAAGAGUUCUGCAAGGAGGAGGAGCCAGUCUCUGAACAAGUCUGUCACCUGAGGCCAUGUGAAGAAACGGAGUGGAUAGUAUCGGAGUGGAGUGGAUGUGAUGGCGUUUGUGGCUUAACAAUGGAAUCCCGCGCCGCCUAUUGCGCCAGUCAGGAUGGAAAAAUCCAUGAUGAAAAAAUGUGCAUUGGCAAAAUCAAACCGUCUUUGGAGAGGAAGUGUCCCAACCAUCAACACUGUGAAAGCAUGUGGCACGCUUCGGAAUGGAGUGAGUGUUCUGCUGCGUGUGGAAGAGGCAUGAAAACCAGAACGGUCUUCUGCGGUUCCUGGAGGAACGGAGAAAUACAUAAAGUUUCUGAUGAUCUUUGCGAAGCUUCUAAGAAAAUGAAAUCCGAAGAGGAAUGCUAUGGCAACAGAUGCGGUGGAACCUGGUUUACUGGGCCUUGGUCUAGGUGCUCUGUUCCAUGUGGAGGAGGGCAGCAGAAAAGGAAAGUGAUGUGCGUGUUCCAAGAUGCUAUCGUCUCCCAUUCCAGAUGCGACAUUCAAUCUCAGCCAGAUGACGUGCAACCCUGCCACAUGCAUCCUUGCGAUGAAGAUGAGGUAAUGAUAGUAGGAGGGUGUCACAAAUCAAAGUAUGGUUGUUGCCCGGAUGGUGUUACCACUGCAGGACGAAAUGACGAAGGCUGUCCACCUGAUACUUCAGAACAAAACUGCACAAAAACUGAAUUCGGUUGCUGUGUAGAUGGGAAAACACCAGCUGCAGGUCCCUUUGGAAAGGGAUGUCCGAGAACGGUCAACUGCAAUGAAACUAAAUAUGGGUGUUGUCCAGAUGGCAUUACUCCAUCAAAAAGUGAAGACCUACGAGGUUGUUAUGAAAACUGCGAAGACUCAUUAUGGGGUUGUUGUCCAGACGGUUUCACUCCUGCUCUUGGCACAAAUAAUGAAGGUUGUAGUAGCAUUGAAAUCAGCUGUAAGGACUCACCCUUUGGAUGUUGUCCUGAUGGCGUUACCCAUGCCACUGGGUCUGACUAUGAUGGAUGCGAUUUGGAUGUAUCUUCAGGAGAAGAUUGCACUUACUCUGAACAUGGCUGCUGCCCUGAUGGCAUUACUCCUGCAGAAGGCAAAAACUUGGAAGGAUGUCCAGAAAAGUCUAGAAAAGGUAAAAGAUCCCAUUGCGAAUCUUCCCUUUAUGGUUGCUGCCCAGAUGGUGUGACCCCUGCUGACGGCAAAGAUUAUCUUGGGUGUUUUGAAGGCAGUGGUGAUAUUGGAAAUGACUGUCAAAAUACUUUAUAUGGUUGUUGUCCUGAUGAUACUACCGCUGCUGAAGGUCCACACUUUGCUGGAUGCCCUAUACCAAAAAGUCAUGGCAACCAUACGCACCAUGAAGAGGCUCACUGUAGUCGCCAUCCAUAUGGGUGUUGCAGAGAUGGAAAAUCCGUUGCAAAAGGACCAAAUUAUUUGGGUUGCAGAGAUACAGAGAGCAGUUUUGAUCAACAUUGUUCUAAUACAGUAUUUGGUUGUUGUUUUGAUGGCAAAACUCCAGCUCAAGGACCUAAUAAGUUCGGGUGCUGUCACAUAUCUCAGUAUGGAUGCUGUCCUGAUAAUGUAACUGUUGCCUCUGGGCCGUACCAUGCUGGCUGCAGCUGUCAUACUUACCCUCAUGGAUGCUGUCCUGAUGGAGUAACUGUUUCCAAAGGCCCAAGAUUCGAAGGGUGUUCUUGUGAUCACUCAGCAUAUGGCUGCUGUCAAGAUGGUUAUUCAUAUGCAAAAGGACCAAAUUUUGAGGGAUGUGAUUGCAAAAACACGCUUUAUGGCUGCUGUCCUGAUAACUUAACACCAGCAAUGGGACCUCAUGGAAAGGGAUGCGAAUGUCACAAUCUUCGGUUUGGUUGCUGCCCUGAUGGCGUCAUGCCAGCUUUUGGAGCCAAUCAUACUGGAUGUCCAUGCAAAACCUUUCCAUACGGCUGCUGCGCUGAUGGAAGAACGGUUGCCAAAGGUCCAAAUGCUGAAGACUGCCCAUGUGAAGCUACAACUCACGGUUGUUGUCCUGAUCACAAAACGGCUGCAAGAGGUCCAUAUAACGAAGGUUGUCCUUGUCAUUCGCUUCUGCAUGGAUGUUGCCCUGACAAUCAAACUGCAGCCCAAGGACCAAACUAUCAGGGUUGUCCUUGUAUGAUCAUGCCAUUCGGUUGCUGCCCUGAUAAGCAGAUGGCAGCUAGUGGACCAAACUUCCAGGGAUGCCCUUGCAAGUCCAUGCUGUAUGGUUGCUGCCCUGAUGGAAAAACUUCUGCCCAGGGACCAGGGUAUGAGGGAUGUCCUUGUAUAUCAUUUCCAUAUGGAUGUUGUCCUGAUGGGAUUACACCUGCUAGAGAUCAAAAUUUUGGGGGUUGCAAAGGACCCAAGAAAGUUCACAAGAAUUUAGUUACAUCUGAUGUCUGCAGUUUGCCUAAGGAGAGAGGACCUUGCCAUAACUUCACUGUGAAAUGGUAUUUUGAUGUUACUUAUGGUGGCUGCAGUCGAUUUUGGUAUGGAGGCUGUGAUGGUAAUGGAAAUCAAUUUAAUUCUCAAGAUGCUUGUGAGCAAGUGUGCGUUAACCCUGAAGGGCCUGAGGCGUGUUCUUUACCAAAAGUGGUGGGUCCGUGCAAGGGAUCUCAUCCUUCAUGGUAUUACGAACCGGAAACUGAUUCUUGCAAGAGUUUCAAUUACAGUGGAUGUCUUGGCAAUAAUAACCGAUAUAAGAGCAAAGAAAUAUGUGAAAAUAUAUGCGUUAAACAGGCUGCUUUAGACACUUGCGAUCAACCCAUGGAUGUCGGGCCUUGCAAAAAAGUGACUCAAAGGUGGUUCUUUAACAAAGCAGAAAACGCUUGCAAAGCUUUUAUCUACGGAGGCUGCAAAGGGAACAGCAACAAUUUCGAAAGCGAGAAGGAGUGCAUGCAGCGGUGUGUGAUUGCUAAGCCCAAAGAUACUGCCACUGUUUAUAAUGCCACCAUUGGAUCACAAGUGACCAUGGUCUGCAAGGGAGUCCCAUCUUCGCCAAAUGAUGAAAUUCUCUUGUUCUUGUGGUACAAGGGAGAUUCCGCCUAUCCGAUCCAUGGCGUUGAUCGAAGGAAGACCAGCGACGCCAAAUCCCAGAUCGUCAGCAGAGGAACUGACCCUCGGUUCACUGUCCAAGAAGACGAUCACUUAACCGCUUUGACCAUCCACAAAGUAAGAAAGGAAGAUGAAGGACAGUACAGGUGUCGCAUCGAUUACAAAGUAGCUCCAACUACGAAUAGGUUCAUGAAACUUAUCAUAUCAGAGCCAGACGUCUGCCACUUGCCUCAAGCCAUUGGUAAUUGCUAUCAAUUCAGGGAGCGCUGGUACUACAAUUCCAAUGAAAGGAAGUGCCAACGGUUUUACUACAGCGGCUGCGCAGGAAACGAAAAUAAUUUUGCCACAUUUAUCGAAUGCGAGAAGCAGUGCCAGAAGCCCAAUGACAAGGGCCAGUUAGAAGAAUUCCACCUUGAAUAUUGUUUGAUGGAACCUGACGCUGGUCCGUGCGAUGGAAGGAAGUUGCAGUGGUUUUAUGACAAAGACGGAGUCUGUAAGCAGUUCUAUUAUGGAGGAUGCAGAGGAAACGCUAACCGAUUUAAUACCAAAAAAGAAUGUGAAUACAAAUGCCUCGCUUCACAGGAUGUUUGCAAGCUGCCUAAGAUACGUGGCCCAUGCAGCGGCUCAUUCCCCCAGUGGUACUUUGACAAGGAGCAAGGCGAGUGCAAAGAAUUCUCAUACAGCGGUUGCCAAGGAAACGGAAACCGUUUCAAUGACAAGGAGACAUGCGAAAUACAAUGCAGGAGCCUUCCUGCUGGAAACGACCAAGAAUCUCAAGAUCCAUGCAGUCAGCAGAAGGACCCAGGUCCCUGCUUGGGUUAUUUCGUGAUGUGGUACCACGAUCCCGAAGAUAAUACUUGCAAAACAUUUGUCUACGGUGGCUGCCUCGGAAACGAUAACAGAUUUUCAAACCUGCAAGAAUGUGAUGCUAAAUGCCAUUCAAACAGUCCAUUCACUAUGAAGAAAGUGAAACCAGUUCAGCCAUCUACAGCUGCAGCAACAUUUAUUACAAAUGAAGAAAUCUGCAGGCAAAAACCAGAUGAGGGUCAUUGCAGCUAUUCUCAAAAUCGAUUCUAUUAUGAGCCAAUGAAAUCUAUGUGUCUGCCUUUCGUCUACAAAGGCUGCGGUGGAAACAAAAACCGCUUCAAGACUGCCGACUUGUGCAUGCGUUUCUGCUCAGGAGUUCAAGGUCCAGGACCUGUGCGGGAUGAGGCUGUUGGUGAAGCUGCCCCGAUUGAGCAAAACAGAAACUGCCCAACUUCCAACUGUGAUCAACUGCAAUGCCCUCACGGUAUUGAGGAAAUCAUAGAUAUCAGAGGAUGCACAUCCUGUCUGUGUACAAAUCCAUGCGAAGGCCAUAGCUGUCCCGAAGGAUCUCAGUGCGUCGUUGAGAAACAUAGAACAACGAAUGGCGAUGUUCAGUCUCAACCUUUGUGCCGCUUAAAGUCUAAAAGAGGGCAAUGCCCUGCAACUCCACCACCUGAACACCUCUUAAAUGGAACUUGCCAUGACAGAUGCCAAUCUGAUGCAGAUUGUCCUGGUGGUUUGAAAUGCUGUUUUGUUUCUUGUGCCAAAAUAUGUGUGCUGCCUUCCUUUCCAGGUGGAGAAGAAAGAAUACAAGAAAAUACUAUAGAAGAAACAGAUGGGGAAGAGAGAAUACAAGAAAAUACUAUAGAAGAAACAGAGACCCCAAGGCCUCCUCAAAUAUUUGCUGCCCGUAAAGAUAUAGCCGUAAAGAAAGGCACCUCGGCCCUUUUGCGCUGCAUUGUCAAAGGCUACCCAGCGCCCAAAAUCACUUGGACCCACAGGAACCAGCCCUUAGAUUCAGACAGCGGAGACUACAAGAUUUCUCCGGAUGGAUCGCUGCAUAUAAUGUCUGUGGGCGACGCUCACGAGGGAAUGUACACCUGCUCUGCUGAAAAUGGCAUUGGAAAACCCGUUACGCGAUUCUUCAACUUGAUUGUAUUUGUGGAUACACAAAUCAACAUCACUCUAGCGACCCCCAAGUACAAAGUGAACUCGACGUUGCAGCUGGAUUGCCUGGUGAGCGGCACGGAGCCGAUGAUCGUGAGCUGGCACUUGGGCAAGGACAGUCAGAUCCUGGUGUCGGAUAGUCACAGAAUGAUUUUCACCAAUCACACACUCUUCAUCGCAUCCGCACAGUACAACGACAGUGGAACCUACGUGUGCGAAGCUCAAAACCGGCAUGGAAAAGCGUCGGCCUCCAUGGAUAUACGAGUGCACGAUAUUUCUGUUCCAUCCACAUGCAAGGACAGUCCAUUCUUCACAAGCUGUGCCAUGAUCGUGAAACAGAACUAUUGCAUAAAUCCUACCUACGCCAAAUACUGUUGCCUUUCCUGUGCCAUUUCAGGACAAUUGCUAAACACUGGAGAUAUCGUGUCUUAGUUAAUAUAUGAAUAGCAUAGACUCUUAUGUGAAUUAUGAAGAAAAGCUACCGUAAACACAGCUUCUUACCUCAUUUGUCAUUAUAAGGCUCUGAAGGCUUUUGUAAUAUAGAUACACAGAGAUUGUACACGCAACAUUCACUUCCCGAGUAGCAUAAGAUGUAUAACACUCAAUGGUGACUCGCCAAAUCCGAAUGGAGUAGGGCUGCUAGAAAUGUUUUCAAAACCUUCAUAAUAAUUUAUUUUAAAACAUAAACUGUGAUACUCAAUUUCAGAAUUUUCUACUCUUUGGUGAUGGCUUUCUUUCGAAACUAUCUAAUUAAAAGCUUUUCUCUUUGGUCUUUAUGGGUAAUUUAUUUUAAGAGGGGGAGAGGUCAUUUUUAGUACCUGAUCGGGACAAAAAAUGGCAACAUUAGUCCUUUUUUUUUUUUUUUUUUCCUUCUUGUUAUGGAUCUAUCAGCAUUAUAAAUAUAUGGUUUUUUUUAUAUUUGUUUGUUUAAAAUAGCCAAAAUUACAGUAAGGAAAUAAUUUUUUAAAAAUAAUUGAAGCUAGUUAAAUGUAUAUUUAAAAAAAUAAUUGCAGUCCUCAUAAGACGAGCCGCCAUUGUGAAUAUUGUUCAAUACCUUUAUGCUCCAGGGAUGGUAAUUUUCUUCUUGAUUUUAUAUCUUGAUUAUAAAAGCCUUUAAAAAAACAGAGACAGUUUUACUUCGUCUUGAAAAAAAAAUGAAAAAAGGUGCUAAAUUUGAAGAAAGAAGAAUUGUUUAUUGUUUAAAUCGCUUGCUAACUUUUGACGCCAUUGUUUAAAGUAUUCUUUUUGAUUUGUGCAAUUUUCUCCCGAUGCAAUUAUGCUUGAAGAAAAUGGUGAAGAGAAUAUACGUUUUUUAAUUUAUUCAACUGCUUUGAAUCUUCCUGACUUAAUAUCGCUUUAUUUUAAUGAAACAAUUAUUCUCUGUUUAACUGUUGAUAGUGUUUGUAUAACAAAUUGUGUAAAUAUUUUAUUAAAUUUCUUCAAAUUCCUUUAAAAAAGUUUUUUAAAGUUUCGUAUACUUUUAAAUGUUUUUAUAUAGUGUUGUCAUAUGCCAUCAUAUGAAAUGUGUUCCACUUCUUUACUGUACAAAACUUCAUGUAGAUAUUUUUUAUUUAAUUUCCAAAUAGUAUCGUCACGUUCCAUUUCUAAUUAUAGUUUUAAUAGUUACUUGGAAAAGUUCUCCCAACGAAGUUUUUCUGAUUUCAAAUUUUGAGGUUAUCGCCAAGCACAUGAUAUCUAAUAAUAGUUACUUGGGACAUCGAUUAAUUAGGGUGGAUAACCUCUUAUCUGAUCCAAAACGAAAAGCAGACUCCAUUAAAACAGAACAGAGGCAUUUCCAAACAUGAGCUGUCCGAUUUGGAAGUCCCACCAAAUGGAUGUUGCUGAAGUUAGGUUUCUGUAUGUUCAAAUUUCUUAUUGGGCCUUGCUAGUCAGUCAUUUUUCAUUGCAGAAUCAAUAAUGAUUCCCAAUACGCCACUUCGCACGUAUAAUAUUUGAAUAAUCUUGCAUUUCGUUGGAUUCUUUGGCAAGGAUGGGACCCUUGCAAAGAUGAUAUGAAAGAAUUUUACAUUUUAAAGUAAUUUAAAUUUGCCGAAUGAAUUUAAAAAACCCAAUUGAUACAAGCCAUCUGACGCUCAUUGAGAUAAUCAAAAUCUAUUGUAGGGCAUUUAUUAUAUUCGAGAAAUGGCUAUUGCAGAAAUUCCAAACAGGAACAUCCAAAAGAUAACGUGAUGGAAAAGAUCCGUAAAUCAAAAAAGCAUAACAAAAAUAUUUUGUACAGUCAGUGGGUGAGCUAUAUUUUUUGUAACUAAUUUUUUUCAAUUUUUUUUUAAAUAAAAAAGGCAAAUUGUCUAAUUUUGUAUGGAAUUCUGCUAAUUGGGCAACCUCUUCAUUAUGCAAAAAUAUCCAAGUUCAGUGUGUCCCAAUUAAGCGGAAUCGACUGCAUGACAAUUUGAAAAAAAAAAUGUAUUGAAAACAUAUAUGACUAUAUAAUUAUAUUUUAUUAUAUAGAGUUUUUGAGAUAUUGACAAAUUUUAGACAAUCGUAUGAAUUUUACAAUUUCAAAAUGCAUGUUAAAUAUUUAAAUUUUUAACAACUAUGUAAUCGAAUGCCUUGUUACGGUGUUAGAUAUUUUGUUUGUUGACAAGUAGCAAAAUAAGAAGCCUUCUCUUGUGGAAUGAGUCAUAUGCAUUUUAUCAUUUGUGUUCAUUUGUACAAUCAUUGUUUUGCUCUAUUUUUUCUCUCAAUAAUUAUCAUAGCAAUUCUUAUUGCUGAAAUCUUUGUUUUGCUACACAUAAGAUUUGUUCAUUCAGUUUGUGAAAAUGUUGAUAUUUGUUUAUACAAAUUAAAUUGUUAUU